AUGGCCCAACCUACUGAUGGAAUUAAGGUUGUUGACGCAGAGCCUCAGCCUACAGCUGCCCCUACUCAAAAUGCCAGCAUGAAUGCAAACGCCCUUUUGAACAACACUUUGGAUGGAUUUGCCAAUUUGAGUUCUCGCUUUAACCCAUUUGCUCAAAAACUCAACAAAGGUUUAGGUCAAGUCAGACAGUAUGCUCAAGAAAAGCUGGGAACUGCUGAAAAUGUCACCGAAUUACCUCAAGAAUACAAGGAUUUGGAAAAGCGUAUCGAUGCUCUUCGCACUGUUCAGACCAACUUGCUCAAAGUGUCUCGCACCUACAACAACUCUUCUUAUGACUAUCCUGUUCAAAUCCAAGAAUCGCUGCUUGGCAUGACCAACACUGUCACGAGAGAGAUCCAACAUUUAGCCUUAUCGUCCACUUCAUCAGCUGCUGAUCGUGCUGUAGACAGUACUCCUGCUCCUGUAGAAGAACCAAAGACCCUGUUGCAUGGCCUCGCUCGUGUUGCUUCUCAAGGAUCUGAAGCUAUUGGCGUUGAAGAGCCUUUGGGCACUGCACUCUUCAAAUAUGCCACAAUUACCGAAAAAGUAGCUGAUGCUCGUGUCAAGAUGGAUCACACUAUCGUCGAAAAAUUCAAUAAGCCAGUUCAAACGACUCUCAACUCAUCCAUUGAACAAGCUCUGAAAGCCAGACGCAAUGUUCAAUCUAUUCGUUUAUCGCUUGACGCAUGUAAGGCUAGAUAUCGUUCAGCACGCCCUGAGAGAUCAGAGGCAGCUCGUCUGGAAGUUGAACAAGCCGAAGAUCAGUUUGUUGCAGCAGUUGAAGAAGCCACUAAUUUGAUGAAGGCAGCACUGGAGAAUCCUGAGCCUUUCCGCAAUUUGGCAGACUUGGUAGCAGCACAAUUGCAGUAUUUCAAGGAAGCCCAAGAUCUUUUAAGCGAUCUUGCACCUGAAUUGGAUGAAAUUCAAGUAACCCAAGAGUCUUUGUACAGAAAUAGUCGUGUUUAA